CCCACCCCACGCAGAUCCAUCGCCAUUGCCAUUGCCAUUCCCCAGUAUCCCUUCCUCUACCUCUACCUCUACUCUAUGCAGCGGCGUCACACACUUGCACUUCGAUCUCCUCCGAAUUCCUCUGCCUUGGAUUGAUUUUGUGGAGAAGUUGAAGCUGGUGUGCUUCUCGCUUCAGUCUCCUGAUUUUUAGUUGUUUGCAUGCUCCAGAUCGCUUCAUUUUGCGUCAGUACGGUUGGAAUUACUCACCUCGCCCUGCGUGUGUAUUAAUGCGGGAGUGAUUUUGUGAACGACUUACUUAAUAUGGCGCUUGGAGUUCGAAAUCUCAAGUUUUUCGCUAGAAUUUUGCGAAUCUGUAAUAAAUGUUGCGUGCGGUAGUAGAUUGGCAUGCAGCGGCCAUAGGUCUGUGAUAGUGAUUAGGUUCAUUGACUGCGAGUUUUCAAACUUCUGGAAUCCGUGUGUAUGAGGUGAAGCCGUGAAGGUUUCCGUUAUCGAGGAAAGUGAUGUCGGAGAGGCGGGAGCCUCCGACGACGGUGGCGGUGGUGCGUGAGGUUGAUCCGUUGCUGAAGGAUCUGAGCGAGAAGAAGCAGAGCUUCCGGCGGAACGUGGUGUCGCUGGCGGCGGAGCUAAAGGAUGUGCGCUGCAAACUUGCCUCUCAGGAGCAGUGCUUCGCCAAAGAGUCCCUCACUAGACAGGCAUCUGAAAGCAAAGCUAAGAUGAUGGAGGAAGAGGUAAGAAGAUUAAGGAAGAGUUUGGAUGAGAGAGAUGUCCAGCUGCAGGCUUCAACAUCUGCUGCUGAGAGGUAUGUCGAAGAAUUAGAGGAUCUGAAAGUGCAGCUUACGGCCACUAAAGCUACAGCUGAUGCAAGUGCAGUCUCUGCUCAAUCCGCACAACUGCAAUGUUCUGCACUCGUAAAAGAAUUACAAGACAAGAAUCAUUCAUUGAAAGAGCAAGAGCUUCGUGUAAAUAGCCUCGCAGAGCAAUUGGAUCUUCUGCAAAAGGAUCUUCGCACUCGAGAGUACUCUCAAACACAGCUAAAAGAUGAAGUCUCAAGAAUGGAGCAUGACAUAAUGCAAGCACUGGCAGAUGCCGGAUCGAGCAGAGACUCUGAACUCUGGAAAAUAUUGGACGAAGCGACCCCAAGAAACUUCAAUAAGCUUAACCAGCUGUUGGCGACGAAGGAUGAAGAGAUAGUUAAACUGAGGGAUGAAAUCAAGAUCAUGUCAGCCCAUUGGAAGCUUAAAACUAAGGAUCUGGAAGCUCAGUUAGAGAAGCAUUGUCGAACGGAUCAAGAAUUGAAAAAGCGAGUGUUGAAGUUAGAGUUCUGCCUCCAGGAAGCUCGAUCUCAAACCCGCAAGCUUCAAAGAAUGGGAGAGCGAAGGGAUAAGGCCCUAAAGGAUUUAACGGAUCAGUUAGCAGCGAAACGGCGUAGGCAAAAUGCAUGUGCUGAUGAAAAGCAAAACUUCUGGGAAUCGCCGGGUUUCAAAAUAGUAGCUUCGAUGUCAAUGCUGAUCCUGGUGAUGUUGUCCAAACGGUAGCAUCUUUUAGCCCAGAAACAGUCGAGAUGAGCCCGUAGGUAAGUAAGAGUUUUCAUUCAGUUAGUUAUCUUUGUUGCAAUGUGUGUUUAUUUCUAUGCCAACUUUGUAUCAAUCGAGUAGAAAAACGGAGGAUAGAUCAUAGAUGCAUGUAUGUACAUUGUGCAUUUUGUGUUAAAUGAGUUCGGUAGCUUUCUU